AUGGAUACGGGAUAUUACGUACGCUGCGAAUGCGACGCCUCACCGUUCACUAUUGUCGGGGGUUCUGAUUCGUCUCUGUGGCGUUCGCUACUGCUGUGCUGCUGCCGUCGGUUGGGGCUGCCAGCUGAGAACAUUGACCACGGGCUGACUGCUGCUGGCCUUCCAGGUUCCAAGGCACCUGCCGAAGAAACGCGCUAUUUGGAAAAUCGUGAUGCACGGCGCCAGAAACAUCAGAUGAGAUGGGACGUCCGUUCGCUAGGGAGCAUGUUUGGUGCGUCUGGGCCCGUCACCGGCUUGGGGGCGGACGCCAAGCAUUCUCCAACAUCCAUGACGCUUCCCGCCUCCUUCAGCCAGUCCAAAUCGUCAGCCGUCGGGAAGAAAGCCACUAUCUGUGCCACUGGCGCUCGCUAG